AUGGCUCCCUCAAUUCCAACUCUUUCGAAAGUCGAGAAGUCAGCGACAGCUUCAGAGAUAGCUCACUUCAAGACAGUACCUCUUGCAAAAGCCACGCUUGAUGACCAUGCCUUCAAACCUAUCUAUAUCUCUCGAUCUUUAACGCCUGACGGGCUAGGACACACACUAAUGGCUGAUACCUGGAACACACCGGCAACAAUAGCUCAUCUACUCUCCUUGUACCGGCCGAGCUCUAGUUGCAAUAGCGACGUUCGAGCUGAAGUCCGUCGCUUCUAUGACUUCGGGUCCGGAUUGAACGCUCAUUCCGGCCUCCUCCAUGGUGGUGUACUUUCAUGCAUUCUUGACAGUACCAUGUCAAACAUGGCGGGCUUGGCGGCGCGAGAACUACCGACGGAGGCGAAAUCAAUGAUGAUCUUCACUGUACAGCUCAAUGUGAAGUACGAGAAGCCCGUCAAGACGCCAGCAGCAGUAAUGGUGAAAGCUUGGAUCAAGAGUAUUGAUGAGAAAGGGAAGAAAUUCUGGGUCGAAGCAUGUGUUGUCAGUGGUGAGUCAGGUAAAGUCUCGCACGCCAAAGCGGAAGGAUUAUGGUUGAGGUCUUCGACCGAGAAGUUGUGA